AUGAUGCUGUCAAACCAAGUUCACUUUAUGAAGAUGCUUCUGCAACUCUGCUUCAGCGGUGUUCGUAGCAUUCUUUCAAAGGUGUGCAGUUGGACAUUCACUUGGGUUAACAUGACCAACACUCGGAUGCAACGGAUUCCGAGCGCGACAGUAAGUCCCAGGUUCACUUCAAACUCGGGACAGAAAAAGUCACUCGGUGUUAACGGGACUACUCCGAGUAGUGUCAACUAUCAUUUUACCCGUCAAUGCAAUUACAAGUGCGGUUUUUGCUUCCACACGGCUAAGACUUCAUUUGUCUUACCCAUAGAGGAGGCAAAGAGAGGUUUACGCCUUUUAAAAGAAGCAGGAAUGGAAAAAAUAAAUUUUUCUGGAGGAGAGCCUUUCUUACAUGAGAGGGGUGGGUUCCUCGGGGAGAUGGUGCGAUACUGCAAAGAGGAACUUCAGCUUCCGAGUGUCAGUAUCGUCAGCAACGGCAGCAUGAUAACGGAGAGGUGGUUUGAGAAAUACGGGGAAUAUUUAGAUAUUCUAGCAAUUUCUUGCGACAGCUUUGAUGAGGACACCAACAGAUCCAUCGGCAGAGGUCAGGGCAAGAAAAGUCACUUGGAAAAGCUGCAUAAAGUCCGGAAUUGGUGUAAGACAUACAAAGUGGCUUUUAAAAUCAACUCUGUGAUCAACACCUUCAAUGUGGAUGAGGACAUGAGAGAACACAUCACUCAGCUCAACCCUGUGCGCUGGAAGGUAUUCCAGUGCUUGCUAAUUGAAGGAGAAAACACAGGGGAGGAUAGCCUUAGAGAGGCUGAGAAGUUUGUCAUCAGCGACCAACAGUUCCAAGACUUCUUGGAUCGGCACCAAAGUGUCAGCUGUCUGGUUCCAGAAUCCAAUCAAAAGAUGAGGGACUCUUACCUAAUCUUGGAUGAAUAUAUGCGCUUCCUUGAUUGCCGUGAGGGGAGGAAAGACCCAUCAAAAUCCAUUCUGGAUAUAGGGGUUGAGGAGGCCAUAAAGUUCAGUGGUUUUGAUGAGAAGAUGUUCCUCAAGAGAGGAGGAAAAUAUGUAUGGAGCAAAGCAGAUAUGAAGCUUGAAUGGUGA